UCAUGUAUAUUUGGCGCUUUUCGUUCACACAGCUCUCCUGGCGCGUUUUUGACAGAGAACCUAAAGAAACACGGUUGUUGUCUUUAUUUUGGAGCUGCUUUGAAAUUGACAUAUUUGACGGAAUGCUUUUAAUGUAUCGGUGACGACAAUGAAGGAGAUAAUAGGACCGCUUUUACCGUUUGUUAUGAGAAGAGUAAAUCUAAAAUGUCAGGAACUGCGCCUAACUAGCUUAUAGGGUAAAAUGUAUCUCGCCUUUGUUCGCUUAUUUGGCAUUAUGAAGUUUAGUUGUUUCGGUGUUCACCACGAGUCUCUCUGAAUCUGCACACGGUAUUUGUGAAGGGCUUGUCAAGUAUGGCUGGUAUUGUGGCUAUGGCUUCUGUCAUUGAAGACUUUGACAUUCAGCCUUGCAAAAAGACAUGCAAAAAUGUGGACAGUCCUGUGGUCAAGACCAUCACAAAUUAUUUCUCACCUGUGUCUAAACCCACUGAGAAACCCUUUUCUCCUCCUCGCUCUAAUAACAUAAUGGAUUACUUUAACCGCAAAGGCCCCUCUCCUAAAGACAGGGUACUGUCCCCAAAUCAGGCCAAAGAGAACUGCCAGACUGGGAAACUCUCCACUUCUCUAUCAGUGCCUAAACAGCCCUCCAGUAAACGCAGCAGGAAGACGUCCAAAGCAGCAAGAAAACUUGUGGAAACUGCCGAAGACGAUAGCUGCAUUAUUGUGGAGGAGAUGGAUUCAACAGACAACGGAGCAAAAUUCUCUACUGUUUUGGGCAGUGAUACAGCAGUUUUACUUGGACAGAUUUGUUCUGAAUCUUCUGUAUCUGAGGAAUCAUCAAACCACAAAGUUGAAAAAUCGGAUCAACACAAAAAAAGUUUACUCGUCAAAAGUAGUCAACACUUAAAUAGCAUAGACUUAUCUCCAAUUUUACCAACAAAAUCAAAAUGUAGGAAAGGCAAAACUUCUACUGGGAAGAAAAGUAAAGAGUCAGAAGACCAACUGCCUGAGCCAGAGGAGACUACGAAAUCUCUGGAUGAUGUAAGCAUGGAGGUCAAUGUGGGUGACACCUCACAGUUACACCACAGCAUGGUCACUAUUUCGUUUGAAGAGUUUGUCCGAAGUCAAGACAGCACAAACGAUGAACUUUGUAAGGAAACUGAAUCAGUGACUGAAAAUAAACAACUACAACUCACCAAUGCUGAGGAUAAUUGCGUGUCACCACGUAUUGUGACUAUACAGGCAGAAGUGCAUGCCAUUUCACCUAAAGAAAAAGGCAAAAAUGCAGGAAAAGUAGCCUCCAUCUUCACCAAAGGAAAAGGCACUAGCCCAGUACCAGCAACUUCUCCACAACCAGAACCUGAUUCCCAAGUGCAGGGAACAGCUUCCAGGCGGAAAUCAAAUGUUGUUCUUGAAGAAAGUGAUGUUGAGUUGUGUGUUCUUGAGAGCUCAUCUGUUCCUAAGUGCAGUCAGGCUGAGAGAAAACAGUUCAUGGCUGCCUUCAAGCAACCUGGUUUUGAUGGGACUAAAAACAAGCCGAUUAAGAGCCAAGGUAAACUGAAGCAGAGUGGAGACAACAUAGCAGAUGCUACUGACAAAGUUAGUGAGGAGGAAGCUGAAAUUCAAUUUACUGAUGUUCAGGAGAAAGAUACAAGUGCCUCACAAAACAAAGAAGUUAAAAUAAAACAAGCAAAGAAACGACAAAAGAAGGCAAGCGUGAAAAUGGACACAACCGCGACAACCACGAUUGCUUCUGAAAAAGAACCUGAUCUUGUGGAAAUUCUAGAGAUUGACAGUAAAAAUCAGGAUCAGCCUAAAACUUCUCCACCCCCGACUCCAGUGGUGAGAAGGUCCAAACGAGAGGCAGUAACCAGACAAAUAUCUAAACCCACUGUGGCCAAGGCUCUAUCAGAACAAAUCAAGACAGUGGCUUGCACAGAGGACGAUUCUGCUUUAAACCAGGAAGAGCUUGUGUACCUGUCCACACCAAAGAAACGCAGGGCAAAACAUGGUGUGUUCAAAGCAGAGAUGACGUGCCCUCCGGAUGAGAUUGAAAGUCCUAUAAGAAUUAGAUUUACAAGAGUAAAUAGAAGUAAAGAAGAGAAUCCAUCAUCAACUCCUCUGGUUACAAAGAACUCAAAGGAGUCCAAAAAAACAAAGCAGGCAAAGAAGCUGUUGGAGAAGGCAAAAGCUAGAAAACAAACUAAGACUGUUUCAACAGUGGAGAAAAUGCUACGGCGUUCCUCAAGAACUGAGGCGUCUGUCAAGCGCAGCUACUGUGAAGAUGAGGACUCCAUAAUCUGUGUUGAAGAAGGCUUUGUCAUCACACCGCAGUCCGUGCCAGAAAAGAGUAAAGCAAAGACAGCAUUGCGGAGUCUGAAUGAUGUUUUGGGUAAAGCUGCCGCUAACAAAGAGGCCAAGUCUAUGCCAGGUUCCAAAGUUCAAGAAAAAUUUCAAGACAAGGCCCCGAGAAAGCCUAUUCCAGUUUCUAUAUUUGAUGACAGCAGCAGAGAGGGCUCUGAAAACUCCCAGGAUGAUGAGCAGUUUAAAGCACGAAGAGAUUUCCUGAAAAGUGGUCUGCCCGAAUCUUUUAAGAAGCAAAUGGCUAAAACUGCAGCAGCUAAAGAGGCUUAUGCUAUAUCUUGUGCCUCUUUCCACCCAGUUCUGCAUAUUUUUCAAAUGUCUAAUGAAUGUCCUUUUUGGAGUUUGCCUUGGCCCAAAUCUACAUUUCUCCACCCUCUUAAAGAAACUUGGUGGCAGUCAUUGAGCCUUCCUUCAGAAAUAAAUCUGCCAAUAAACUGGAAGACUCAACCCAUUCAUAGAACCCAAAUUGAAAUGGUGUCUAGCUGGAGGCCUGAAAUUUUUUCUAGCGCUCGUGAGGCUCUAAUGAAGGAGAUCAGUAGCUGUAACCCUGCCCUCCCUGUUCAAAAGUUCAUGAACCAUUUCUUAAAGAAACAGGCCGACCUCAUUCAUCAAUGCACCGCCUCUGAUACACCUUCUGUUUCAAAAGGUAUCUGUCCAAAAGUUCUGGCUGAAGCCACUGCAGGGAAAAGGAAGAGAACUGAGGAGGAAGAGGAAGUGGUUAAAGUAGCAAAAAAGCAACGUAAUACUCAGCCAGCAGAGGGAGCUCCAGCCAAAAAGCAAUUACGGCCCCGGCGAGGAGUGAAGUCUGUAUCCGAGGACCAGAUUACAGCACCUGUCCAGUCUGGAGACAACACCAUCGUUGUGCUGGAUGAUUCUCCUUUAGCGCCAAAGGCUGCUGGACCAGAUGUGUUGACAGAGGAUGUGCUGUGGACAGACAAGUACCAGCCCCAGCGUUCAUCUGAAGUCAUAGGCAACACAUCCUCAGUCAGACAACUAUACAGUUGGCUCAAAGAAUGGAAACUUCGUGCAGACAAAGAAGACAAAAAGAAACUUAAGGAACAGAAACAAGAAGAUGGAAGUAUUGACUCUGACUGGGAGUGUGAAGAAGGGGACUCUCAGGAUGCAGAGGACAUGCUGUGUAAUACAAUGCUCAUAACUGGACCCUCUGGGAUAGGGAAGACCGCUGCAGUUUACGCUUGCGCACAGGAGCUUGGUUUUAAGAUAUUUGAGGUGAACGCUUCAUCUCAGCGAAGUGGCCGAUUGAUCCUCUCACAGUUGAAAGAGGCCACUCAGUCACAUCAGGUGGACACUCAGGGGGUAAACGCACACAAACCCACCUAUUUCAACAGCUACAGUGCAAGCAGCGGUGCAGUUAGACCUGGGUCCUCUCCAAGAAAAGUUGGUUCUCCACGCAGGGCUGUCUCUUCACCCAGAAAACUUCCACAGUCACCAAAAACCACCAAACGAGGUGGGCUGGCACCGACCGCUUUGGCAAAUUUUUUCAAAAUGUCUAAACCUGGAAACAAAGAGCAGCCAAAAGAUAAAGAAGAACAGACUGCUGUUUCCAAGAAAAAAUCAAAUGAAGUGGACAGUAAGAACACAUCACUCAAGUCACCACCGGGUGUUUCCUCAAAAGACGGUAACUCUGAGGAGCUGAGCAAGAAGACAGCCACCUCCCUCAUCCUGUUUGAAGAGGUAGAUGUCAUAUUUGAGGAGGACACUGGAUUUUUAAGUGCUAUUAAAACCUUUAUGAUGACCACCAAAAGACCAGUAAUCCUCACUAGCAGCGAUCCAGCCUUUAGUGCAACAUUUGAUGGAAAUUUAGAAGAGAUUGUCUUUAAGCCCCCAUCUGUGUUGGAUGUGGCCUGUUACCUGCAGCUGUUAUGUUUAGCUGAAAACAUGAGGACAGACCUGAAGGACAUAAGCUCUCUGCUCAGUCUAAACCACGGUGACAUCCGGAGGACAUUGUUGCAGCUGCAGUUUUGGGCCCGCAGUGGAGGUCAACGCAGAACCACUCCACCUAGUGGCCAGAAUGAUGAGUUGCAACAAAAAACAGAGGGAGCUGUUACAAAUAUGGAAGAUUCAGACCCUCUUCCUGUCUGUGAGACUGGUUGCACUGAGAGUAUGCUGGGUCUGCUUAAUGUUGCACCUCAGCACAAUAUCUGGGAACUGCUCAAGAGACAAGAGGCAGAUUUCUCAAAUUUAGUGACGAUGAGCAGGGGACAAGGAUUGAACCUACUCUACUCUAAUAUAGAAACAUUGCUUCCUCUGCCAACCACUACAUUAACCAUAUCAAAACUGCAGCAACCCAUUCCUCCUCCACUGGACCAGACUUCUGUGAAUGCACCCAACCUCACAAACUCCCAUCACACGCUAGACUCAAACAAAAUGAAGAGGAUUUCAGAUGACACCAGUCCAGUUAAAGUCUCCAGCAGAAUGAAAAAGAAUAGGAGGAGACACUGCCCUGCUGAACAAGGAGCUUUGCAGUCAGACUCAGACUCCGAAGAUGAAUUUCUGUCCCUGAAGCGACAAAGUGCUACUCGAGAAAAGGAGGCUGCCACUUCGGUGCCCUUAAAAGUUAGAAGAAAGCCUCUUAGUCGCGAGGAACAAAUAAAAAGUGUUCCUGUUUCGCAGUGUCUCCAUUCAUUAGCUGAAUUUUUGGACGAUAUGUCAUUUAUGGACUUCAUGAGCACUGAAGACACUAAUGUAAAAGAGAGGUGUAGUACUGUGGUGAUGAAAGAUGGUUUAACAGAUGAAGCUAGGAUAGAUUCGGAGAGGUGGAAUUUGCCAAUGCGGGACUGCGCAUUAGAGAUUCACGCCCAAGUGGAGAGUCUCAGUUUCAACAAGUGCAGUGCGUCUGUCAGUAGCGCCUGGCACAAAGUUCAACAGCUGGAUGGAGCGCUAAGAGAGGAAACUGCAGAUCUACUCACACUUCCUAUUGCCACUCAUAAUGAAAGCUUUACCUUUAUACAGAAUCGCUUUUGUCAUCCACAGGUUGUCCAGCAAAGGAGAGAAGUAAUGGAUGAACUUUGUCUGAAAGGAGUGUUUGGUUAUGCGGUGAACAGGCCAGCAAUGGCUCAGGACUAUCUACCAGCACUGCGGACAAUCUGCAGAUCUGAGCAGCUAAAAGAACAAGGCAAAAUCAAAAGAAGGUUUUUGCAUUAUCUUGAUUCAAUCCACUUGGGUCUCCAGAAGUCUACUCUAGAGCACCUUGCGGAAGAUUUCCCCUAAACCAUAAUGGCCUUUCAUACAUUUCUUGUGUCUGGACCUUUGUACAAACAAGAGUCAGUAUAAAGUGUCUGUAGGAUUUUACAAAGCAGCUCUGAAAUUAUACACUCACCCCCUGCAUGGGCAUGGGACAUUUGGUGCUUCUAACAAGUGCACUGAUUACUUCAACCUAAUAUAAAUAUUGUAUUUUAAGUUGUGUAUAUUUUUGUACAUUUUGUGCGUAUAUGGUUUUACUAAUUACUUACAGCUUUGCCUUUUGCAGAGCAUUUUAAUCGAAGUAGACUGUUUUUACAACUAAACUAUAAAUAAUUUGCAUAAUGAUGGAAUUUGUAAAAUAGAUUUGUGUAAUUUUGUAAAGGCUACAUACUUUUUCACAUUUUUUCAUUCACUCUGGAUAUGUGGUUGUUGCAAAAGCAGUUAAAAUGCUGCUUUUUUAUGCUUCACUCGCAGUUCACCUCACCUUGUUUUUUAUCUUUAAAUACACUUUUGUAUUGAUUAUUGUGUGGCCCAAUAAAAGUUCACUACUAGAA